GGCAGUGAACAAAGUAUAAUUGAUUCAUGUCUUCUGGUUCUUGACCAUUUGCUAUCUCCUCUUUUUCCUUCACAUCAAGUCCUCCUGAACUGUAUUCUUAUCACGGUCGUCAUGGCUACCGUUAAGCAAAAACCGAUAGUUCUGCAUAUUGGCGAUCCAGUCAAAUGGAACCUUGAUUUAUAUGAUCAAUUUUCCGAGGACUUUACUAUCAUACGACCUUCAACAGAAGAGCGUCAACGUGAUGCCUUCAUGAAAGGCUUGAAAGAAAACAGAUGGGGCAACUUUUCCGCAAUAUUCAGACCGUUCUGGAAUACUGGUGGUGAAAUGGGGAGAUGGGACUCGGAGCUCAUUCCCUUGAUACCUGAAUCAUGUCGAAUAUUUGCAUCUGCCGGAGCUGGUUUUGAUUGGGCCGAUGUAGAUCUUUUGGCCGACCGAGGUAUUGUCUAUUGCAACAGCGCCACGGCUACUACAGAAUCUGUAGCAGAUUUUGCCAUUUUCUUGAUCUUAGCUACAUUUAGAAACCUCACUUGGUGCACUCAAGCUGCUCGUUCCGGUGCAGCUUCGUUCCAAGAUUGUCACACCAAUGCCGCAUCUAUGUCCCACAAUCCUCGCGGCCAUACGCUCGGUAUUGUUGGCUUGGGAAAUAUUGGCUAUAACAUCGCUCGAAAAGCUUCCCUAGCAUUCGGAAUGAAAAUUAUGUACUACGACAUCGUCCGAAAGACUCCAUCUCAGGAAGCUGCCAUCAAAGCACAAUUCUUUACUGAUGUAGAUGAUAUGUUAGCCCUGAGCGAUUGCGUGGUUCUUGCUACGCCUGCCUCUCCGGACGGAAGAAAAUUCCUUGAUAGACAGAGGUUGAGCAAGUUCAAGGAAAAAAGUAGAUUCGUGAACAUUGCGAGAGGUAUCUUAGUGGAUGAGCAAGCAUUGGCCGAAGCUGUCGAGUCAGGGAAAUUGGUGGGUGUAGGACUGGACGUUCAUGAGCAUGAGCCUAGAGUAAACGACAGGCUAAAGGCCUCUAGGAAUGUUACACUUACCAGCCAUAAUGCUGGUGGGACACUUGAAACCCACAUUGGGUUUGAGGAAUUGGCAAUGAAAAACAUCGACGCAGUACUAAAAGGGAAGGAGCCAUUGACGCCUGUUAACACGCAUUUGAUUGGGAAGGUGAAGCAUAAUUUGUGAGGGUGUAUCCUGUCAAGUAGGUAAUAUAGCAAGUAGGUACUACAUAAAAUCUCAAGGAACUCCGCUACUCCGCAUUUUGCCUCCAGAAACUUUGAAAGAAAACGGUAUCCAGAAGAUUCCACAUGGACGUCGAUUCUGGGAGAAUUUGGUGAGAUAUAACCGCAGCUCAGUAAAUGUAGGAAGUUGCAUAGGGAAAUAUUGAGGCAUGGAUUAGUUUCCA